UCUCAUGGGGUGGUGAAGUAAGAAAGAACAAGCACUCUUUAGUUCUUUUGCAAACAUGGAAAGUAAAAAGUGUGGAGUGUUGCCCAUCAUGAAAGUUAUGCUUCUUUUCUGCAUCAUUUCCAUGUUUAAUCUCCACCCAUCUCAGGUUGUGUCGCUUAGUGAUGUAGAUGAGAGGCAAAACAGCUUAAAAACUUUCAUUGUUUAUGUUGAGAAGUCAGAGGGUGAAGCUACCUUGCCAUCAGAAGAUUUGCAUAGCUGGUACGAGUCAUUCUUGCAAGUUACUAAAGAAGGCUCAGAAAAGCAACCACGCAUUGUUCAUUCGUAUCGAAAUGUGGUUAAAGGAUUUGCAGCAAGAUUGACGGCUGAGGAAGCCAAAGCCAUGGAAGAUAAGGAUGGUGUUUUGUCGGUUCAGCAAGAAAAAAUAUUGCCCUUGCAUACAACUCACACUCCUGAUUUCUUGGGUUUGCACCCAGAGAUGGGAUUUUGGAAAGAAUCAAACUUUGGUAAGGGUGUGGUAAUUGGAGUCAUGGACACCGGCGUUUGGCCAUACCAUUCUUCAUUUAGCGACGAGGGAAUUCCUCCACCACCCGCUAAAUGGAAAGGCAAAUGUGAAUUCAGUAGGACUUCAUGCAAUAACAAGAUCAUUGGAGCAAGAAGUUUCCAACGCUCAGUUCAAGAUAGGGAAUCCGUGCUGCCAUAUGAUGAGAUAGGACAUGGCACCCACACGGCCAGCACAGCAGCUGGAAAUUUUGUGAAAGAUGCUAAUGCGUUUGGGAAUGCCAAUGGCACGGCGGUUGGCAUAGCUCCUUACGCUCACUUGGCGAUUUACAAAGUAUGCUCUUUGUUUGGUUGCGGCGAGAGUGAUAUUUUGGCUGCUCUUGAUGCUGCACUUGAGGACGGUGUCGAUGUCAUUUCCAUCUCCAUUGGUGGACCUUCUCGUCCAUUCUAUUUGGACCCAAUUGCACUUGGAGCAUUCUCAGCCAUGCAGUUAGGUAUUCUUGUGACCUGUUCGGCUGGAAAUUCUGGUCCAUAUAGAUAUUCUAUUAGCAACGAGGCCCCAUGGAUUCUCACCGUUGGAGCAAGCACCAUUGAUAGAAGCAUAAGAGCAGUUGUGCGUCUCGGAAAUGGGGAGGAACUCAAUGGCGAAUCCCUUUUCCAGCCAAAGAGUUUCAACUCCACUUUAAUGCCAUUGGUUUAUGCAAACGGUUCAAGAGGAUCUUCAUAUUGUGCCCCGAGAACAUUGAAAGGGAUGAGUGUGAAUGGAACGGUGGUGUUAUGUAUGACAAAAUGGGACAUUCCAAGUGUUGUACAAGGAGAAUUUGUCAAAAAUGCUAGUGGCGCUGCCAUGAUUGUUAUGAACCAAAAACGGGACGGAUUUAGUACCUUAGCCGAAGCUCAUGUUCUUCCUGCCUCAGAUGUGAGUUAUGAAGCAGGGUUACAGAUCAAAUCAUAUAUAAACUCAACCUCAAAACCAAUGGCCACAAUCUUAUUCAAAGGAACUGUAAUUGAAAAAUCAUCGCCUCCCAGGGUUGCUUCAUUUUCUUCUAGAGGGCCAUCGCUGGAAAGUCGUGGAAUCUUGAAACCAGAUAUUAUAGGUCCCGGAGUGAGCAUUCUAGCCGCAUGGCCCCUCCAUUUGGCAAAGAAGCCAAGCUCAAUGUCACCAUUUAACAUCCUGUCUGGAACCUCAAUGUCUUGCCCCCAUGUAAGCGGCAUUGCGGCCUUGCUCAAGAGCUCCCAUCCUGAUUGGUCGCCGGCUGCCAUUAAAUCGGCCAUCAUGACCACCGCCAACUAUCUAAGCCUCCAAGGUGAGCACAUUCUCGAUGAAAGGCUUCAUUCUGCUGACCUCUUUGCCAUAGGUUCAGGCCAUGUCAAUCCCUCAAGAGCAAAUGAUCCUGGGCUGGUUUAUGAUAUCCAACCCAAGGGUUAUGUUUCUUAUUUAUGUGGUUUGAACUACACAGAUAGAGAGCUAGGAAUCAUAUUGCAAAGAAAGUUUAACUGCUUGCAUGUGAAAAACAUACAUGAGGGAGAGCUAAAUUAUCCUUCAUUUUAUGUGGUCUUGCGGUCUAGUACUCCUCAGACAUUUAAGAGGAAAGUGACAAACGUUGGCGUGGCUAAUUCAACUUACCAAGUAGAGAUUGUUCCACCCAAAGGAGUUGGUGUUAGUGUAAGGCCUAAUAAGCUUACAUUCACCAAGCUGAAGCAGACGAGAAGGUACUCGGUAACAUUUAGCCCAUUGAUCAAUGGUAGUAGGAAUGUGAGUGAGGUGGCUCAGGGAUUUCUGAGAUGGGUUUCUGAUGAGUAUAGCGUUAGAAGCCCAAUAGGUGUUGAACUUAUAUGAAGCAACAUGUACGUGUGGAGUGUUGGGAAAAGGGUAAUUCAAAAAACUCGUAGCAUUCCUAGCUAGCUAGUAGUGUCAUACAAGGGGGAUCAAAUAUUUAGGUUCUUAUCUCUAUUUUCUUUUUGGGUUGAGAAUAAAGUUGCUUCAAUUACAACAA